AUGACUAAGAAAGAAUUUAAAAGGCGAUUAAUAGAACUUCAAGGAUAUGAGUUGGGUAAAUUAAUUUUUGUAAAUCUUAGAAAGAUUCCAGAUAGUAGAGAGGAUAAUUCAAUUAAAUAAGAAUGGUUAAUUGAAUUUUAAUGAGUUUAAAAGAUUUAUUAAUAGGACGUAAGCAUUUUAUAAAAAUGUAAAUUUAGUUUGAGGUUAGGAUUAGUAUAGAUGAAAUACCUAAAUAAAAAGAUUUGUAAAAUAGGGAAAAUUCAUGAUUUUAAAUGA